UUAUUCAUUCAAACACGAAAAUCCUUCCAUUCCUGUUUCCUGUAAGUAGCUGGGCAAAGAGGACGAAGAUGUGUAUUUGGUUUAGCUAAAGUUAAUAGAUACUAUAAAUUAAACACAGCGAAAGACAAAAAGCAACAACGAAAAAUCGCGUUUGGCGAUCGAUAACAGCUUCCUCACACUUCAUUACAACUUCGAUUUCAUCGUUACUCGUUUUGAUUCCACACAACACAAAAGUUGCAUCCAUUGCUGUUGUGUUCGGCUUCGAUUCGAGAAAAGUUCGGAUUUUUGUCAUCUGGGCGUGGUUAGUGAUGGAAGAUCUGUUCAGUGGAGGUGCUGUGGGAGCAGUGAUGGGGGAGUUACUGAAAGGGGCUAUUGCGACCAUAAACAAAGGUCGAGACUUCAGACCCACCCUCGAGAGCAACAUAGAAACCUUAAACUCUCUGGCUCCUCAAGUGGAGGAGAUGAAGCGUUACAACAAGAUGCUGGAUCGCCCCAUAGAGGAGAUAGAGAGGUUGGAGUCUCAAAUGCGAGCUGGCGAAGAGCUUGUUCGCAAGUGCUCCAAAUUCGGUCGCUGGAGAAUGCUCUCUUUCCCGUAUUACCAGAGCAAGCUUCGGAGCAAGGACGAGGCUUUGAAGAGGCACUUUUCGGUGAACGUUUCGGCGGAGAACAAGAGGGACUUGAUGGAGAUCGUGGCCAGUGUGAGACAGAUUCUGGAUAUUCUGUCCAAGAAGGAGGGUUUUGGGCAUUCGUUCCAUUUAAGGGGUCUAAGUGGGGCCCCCCAAGAACCGGAGUGUGUGGGAAUGGAUGUGCCUAUGAGCAAGUUGAGGAUUGACUUGCUCAAGGAUGGUGUGUCCGUUCUUGUCUUGACUGGUUUGGGGGGAUCGGGGAAAAGCACGUUGGCUAAGAAGAUCUGUUGGGACCCUCAAGUCAAAGGCAAGUUUGGGGGAAACGUCUUCUUUGUCACCGUCUCAAAGACACCCAACUUGAAGAACAUUGUAGAGACACUGUUUGAACACUGUGGUUGUCCGGUGCCUAAGUUUCAAAGCGAUGAAGAUGCAAUCAAUCGAUUGGGAUUUCUGCUGAGGCUUGUUGGGAAAAAUCCAAUAUUGUUGGUCUUGGAUGAUGUUUGGCCUAGCUCAGAAGCUCUUGUUGAGAAGUUUAAACUAGACAUACCUGAUUACAAGAUUUUGGUGACUUCAAGGGUUUCAUUUCCUAGAUUUGGCACUCCAUGCCAGUUGGAUAAACUUGAUCAUGAUCAUGCGGUCGCCCUUUUCUGUCACUUUGCACAGCUGAAUGGCAAGAGCUCAUACAUGCCUGAUGAAAAUCUUGUCCACGAGAUUGUGAGAGGUUGUAAGGGUUCACCAUUGGCGCUUAAGGUCACCGCAGGGUCACUCUGUCAGCAGCCUUAUGAGGUGUGGCAAAAUAUGAAGGAUUGUUUGCAAAGUCAAUCCAUUCUGCUGGAGUCUAGUAGUUCUGAUUUGCUUUUUCGUCUUCAACAAAGUUUAGAUAUAUUGGAGGAUAAGUUCAAAAUCAACGAAAAGGUGUGCUUCGAGGAUCUGGGGCUAUUUCCUGAAGAUCAAAGGAUCCCUGUUGCUGCCCUUAUUGAUAUGUGGUCAGAACUGCAUAACCUUGACGAAAAUGGUAGGAAUGCAAUGACCAUCGUCCAUGAUCUAACCAUCAGGAAUUUGAUUAAUGUCAUAGUUACAAGGAAAGUAGCAAAGGAUGCAGACAUGUACUACAAUAACCAUUUCGUUAUGCUGCAUGAUCUCCUUAGAGAGCUAGCAAUCCGUCAAAGCGAAGAAAAACCAUUUGAACAGAGAGAAAGACUGAUUAUUGACUUAAGUGGAGAUAAUCGUCCUGAAUGGUGGGUAGGACAGAAUCAGCAAGGAAUCAUUGGCCGUACUUUUUCAUUCAUCCUCGGAACGUCGUAUAGACAGAAACAACUAAGGGUUGCUGCUCGCAUAUUAUCUAUUUCAACUGAUGAAACGUUUACUUCAGAUUGGUGUGACAUGCUACCUGAUGAAGCUGAGGUUCUAGUUUUAAAUCUUAACUCUAGCCAGUACCCAUUACCGAAGUUCACAGAAAAUAUGAGCAAACUUAAAGUUCUGAUAGUCACAAAUUAUGGUUUCCAUCGUUCAGAAUUAAACAAUUUUGAGCUACUUGGUUCUUUAUCUAACUUGAAAAGAAUCAGAUUGGAAAAGGUUUCAGUCCCUUCCCUCUGCAUAUUGAAGAAUCUGCGAAAAUUGUCCCUUCAUAUGUGUAAUACAAGGCAGGCUUUUGAAAACUGUUCUAUCCAAAUCUCAGAUGCAAUGCCAAAUCUUGUGGAGAUGAGCAUUGACUAUUGUAAUGAUCUGGUUAAAUUGCCCGAUGGGCUGAGUAACAUCACCCCAUUGAAGAAGCUUAGUAUCACUAACUGUCACAGGCUAUCUGCAUUGCCACAAGAUAUUGCGAAGCUGGAGAAUUUGGAAGUGCUAAGGCUAUGUUCUUGCUCUGAUUUGGUAGAGAUGCCAGAUUCUGUUAAAGGGCUUAACAAGCUAAGCUGUCUUGACAUCUCAGAUUGUGUAAGUCUGUCCAGAUUACCAGAUGACAUUGGUGAGUUGAAGAAGCUUGAGAAGCUCUACUUGAAGGGUUGCUCAAAACUGAGUGAAUUGCCGUACUCCGUCAUUAAUUUUGGAAAUUUAAAGCAUGAAAUAUAUGUGAUCUGUGACGAAGAAAUGGCUGCCUUGUGGGAAAGUUUCCCUACCAUUCCCAAGUUGAAGAUAGAGAUAUCUUCAAUGGAGAUUAACUUAAAUUGGCUUCCAGGAGUUCAUUCCUGAAACUUGUUUCUUGAAAUUGAUGGUGACUUAGAAUCAUGUUGAAACUGGAAAAUAAUGUUCAUGUAGUGAAUAAAGUAGGAGUUUGUAUCAGUGAAUUUGUAGAUAUAACACGUCAAUGUGGCCUGAAAGAACACUUCAUGUGUAAUUUUAGCAUGUUCAUUUUUAUAUUUGUGAUUAACUACGCAAUAUAUUCUCGUUUAUUUGAAGAAGAAAAAAA